UUUAGCCUCUCUUCAUCUUCAUGUGCCUUUCCCCACAUAUAAUGCCUUCAUCUCUUCUAACGUAAAACGCCUCUCUUCUCUCUACUCUAAUGGCUUCCAUUUCUUCCUCUCUUCUGGUUUCUCUCUUCCUCUUCUUCCCUUUCAUUUCAGGUGUAAAUUCAUCAACCUUCACCAUUUUAAAUCAAUGUGAUUACACGGUGUGGCCGGGAGUUUUGUCCGGCGCUGGCACAUCACAGCUCUCCACCACCGGCUUCGUUCUUGAGAAAGGUCAGUCCAACGCUAUCACCAUGCCGCCAGGAUGGUCCGGCCGCAUUUGGGGUCGGACUUAUUGCUCCCAAGAUGCCACCGGCAGGUUCUCCUGUGCCACUGCCGACUGCGGCUCCGGCAUCGUCGAAUGCAACGGUGCUGGAGCUACCCCGCCCGCCACCCUUGCUGAGUUCACGCUCAACGGUGCAAGCGGGCUCGAUUUUUACGAUGUCAGCCUUGUAGAUGGCUACAAUGUGCCCAUGUUAAUCACCCCACAAGACGGAACAGGUGGGGGAAAUUGCACAACAAUUGGAUGUGCAACAGAUUUAAACAACGAAUGUCCAGCAGAACUAAGAGUGGUGGCGAGCGACGGAGGUGGAAGAAGUGUAGCAUGUAAAAGCGCAUGUGAAGCUUUUGGUGAAGCACAAUAUUGUUGUAGCGGUGAAUAUGGAAAUCCAAACACUUGUAGACCCUCAUCUUAUUCACAGUUCUUCAAAUCUGCAUGUCCACAAGCUUAUAGUUAUGCCUACGACGACGGUACCAGCACAUUCACUUGCACUGCUGCCAAUUACCUCAUCACCUUUUGUCCUUCUCUUUCCACCAGUUUGAAGUCAUCAAACGGGCAGUACCCACGGGCAGUGGACAUCUCAAGAGCUCACAAUUUGGGCAGACCCUCAGCCACCUCAAUCGCCGUUAUCUCCACCGUCACCGCAACUCUCAGUCGGCCAUUUUUGCGUCUCUUUUAAACCUUUCUCCUUCUCCUUCUCCUUCUCCUUCUCCACCUCCCCCCCAUUGGGCCCAUGUUCACUAGUGGGCCCUCGGCCCAUAUUCGGGCCCAUACAGCAUGGAAUUCUACAUAGGUAUUUUUGUUGUAUAUAAGUAUUAGAUUUUUAGGGUUUUUUUAAAAGAAAAGAAAAGAAAAGAAAACUCUUUUUAAUUUUGGGAAUUUUUCUUCUUUUUUUGUUGGGUAUCAAAAUUGGGGAGAAACUUUUCUAGAGGAUGGGUAGAUUUUUGUUUGUACACAAAACAAAAGCAAUGGAGAUGAGAAUUCGAUGUUAUUCUAAUGAGAAAUUACAUCAUAUGACAAAAAAAAAAAUUAGAAAAAACCAGUUCUUGAUAUAUCUUUUUUUCAUAUUGUAAAUUUGACAAGUAAUUAGUGAUAUCGGCUAUCAGACAGGUAGCAAAGAGUUAUUGAA